CUGGGCUCUGUAGAGGUCAAACUCGAUGCGAAGUAGUUGUUAUCUGGGCAUGUAAUAUAUUAAGUCGACUGGCCAAGAGCUGCCCUCAGACAAACUGCCGGGACCAGCCAAAACCCUUGCAGAAGGCCGCGAAAGGCAUGAAGCGCCGUGGAUUUAUCGCGGUGCUGCUAAUAGGAGUCGGCACUGGCGUGUGGUGGGCAUGGCGCAAUAGGAAAGUCCGCGAGCGGGUGCAAAACCUCGCAAAGGAGGUCGUGAGGCGUUCCCACACAGUUCGCGAGCUGGUGCGCAAGGUUUUCAAGCCCCAGGUUGCCAGCGAGGCAGCAGCGAACGAGGCCGCUCGCAUUGUCACAGGCCUGGAUGCCCCUGAGGUGCGGCCGUUGACCACCGUUGACCAGCUCCUGCGCUGGUCGCCCGACCCCGCGGCCGACCCAGAUGCGCCCUUCUGCCGCACCUACAACUCUCCGCUACUGCUGCCGCCCGCGCCGCCCGUGCCCGCCACCGGCCCCGUGCCGCCCACGCCCACCGCCACCACCUCCACCAGUGCCACAGCUUCCACCACCACCACCACCACCACCACCAUUGCCGCCGCCGCACCUGCUACUGCCGGUGCACCUGCUACUGCUGCCGGCGCUACUGCCGCUACUGCCGCCUCCCGCCCCCGUCUGCUGGUGUGUCACGACAUGAUGGGCGGCUACCUGGCGGACAGGCUGGUGCAGGGCGGGGCGGACCCGGGCUUCUUCAGGCUGUGGCAGUGGGAGCAGGUGGACGUGUUCGUCUACUUCUCGCACCACCUGGUAACGCUGCCGCCGCCCGGCUGGACGGCGGCGGCGCACCGCAACGGCGUGCGCGUGCUGGGCACCUUCAUCACCGAGUGGGAGGAGGGGCGGCGCAGGUGUGAGGCGCUGUUCGCCUCCCCCGCGGCGGCCCGGGCGGCGGCGGACCAACUGGUGGCGCUAGCGGUGCACCACGGCUUCGAGGGCUGGCUGGUGAACGUGGAGAACGGGCUGGGUCGGGAGCUGGUGCCGCACCUCACCCACUUCGUGGCGCACCUGCGGGCGCGCAUGGCGGCGGAGGUGGGGCCACACGCGCUGGUCAUAUGGUACGACGCCAUCACCACGGAGGGGCGGCUGGCCUGGCAGGACGGCCUCACGCGCCUCAACGCGCCCUUCUUCGACGCCGCGGACGCCCUGUUCGUCAACUACCGCUGGCAGGAGGGCGCGCCCGCUGCGGUGGCGGCGGCGGCGGGCAGCCGGGCGGCGGAGGUGUACAUGGGCGUGGACGUGUUCGGGCGCGGCUCCUACGGCGGCGGCAAGGAGAACUGCCCGGUGGCUCUGGCGGCGGCGCGCGCCGCGGGGCUGUCGGCGGCUCUGUUUGCUCCGGGCUGGGUGUACGAGGAGUUUGACCGGGCCACAUUCGAGCUGCGACAGGAGGCCUUCUGGGCGGCGAUCCGUGGCGUGUGGCCCGCCCGGCCCGCGCUGGUGGCCCGGCUGCCGCUGCAGAGCCACUUCAACACCGGCGCGGGGCGGGCGCUGUGGCUGGAGGGCCGCCGAGUCAGCGCCGCGCCCUGGUUCAACCUGUCCGCGCAGGACGUGGUCGCCUCCUCCACACCGCUGCCCUCCGCCGCCGCCACCUCCUCCUCCGCCGCCACCACCCCCGCCUCCACCGCCGCCCCAACCAGCCUGCAGCCGCCGCAACCCAAGGGCGCAACCGUGCUGCCGCCUGCGGCCGUGUCGCCGCUCACUGUGCGCCCCACCUCCCAGCUCGCCUACACCGGCGGCGCCUGCCUCGCGCUCACAGCGCCGCCGCCGCCGCCGCCCUCGCUCUCCUCCGCCGGACCCUGGGUCGCGCUGCACGCGCUCUACAGCGCGGCGCUGCCGCUGGAUCCAGGAUUCGGAUCCGGAUCCGGGAUCAUCGGGAUCGGAUCCGGAUCCGGGCUGGAUCUGACCUGGACGGCGGCGUGCGCUGGAUCCAGCCGCGUGGGGCUGCUGCUGCGCACGGCGCCGGCGGAGGUGGCGGGCUCUGCGGGCUGCUGUGUGGGGCUGGCGGUGGGGCCGUGGGGCGCGGGAGACAAGGCCGUCGUGGAGGCGCUGAGGAAGGCGGGCUACACCUGUGCCGCGUGUCCGCCCGGCGCCGCCACCGGCGCCGUCACCUGCCCCCUGUCGGACGCAACCACCACCACCGCCGCCUCAGCCGCCGCCGCCGCCGUCGCGUCCGGCCCCGCCGUCCCGUCCGGGCUGCCCUGGGUCACCUACUCGGCCCAACUGCCCCGCCGCCUGUUCCCCGCCAGCGGCUCCGGCAGUAGCGGCAGUAGCAGCAGCUCCACGGCUGCGGCCGGCAGUAGUCGCAGCAGCAGCAGCAGCAGUAGCAGGGGCGCUAUCACGGCGGUGGGGAUUGUGUGCUACCAUUCCGCUACUGCCGGCAGCGGCGCGCAGACUGCUACAGCCGGUGCGGGCGCUGCUACUGCUACUGCCAAGGCAGGCUACUUUGGCGGGGGCGAGCCGCUGGGACCGUCGGCGCCUUUCACAGCCUUCCUGGGCCUGCUGUCCAUUCGGGAGCACCGCGGCAGUCCGACAGACCCCCCGGUUCCGGCAACGGCAACAGUAGCAGCCCCUUCCUCCGCCGCUGGCGUCGCCACCGCCCCCAUCCCCGUGGCACCAGCGCCGCCGCCCGCCACGCCGCCGCCGCCGCUCACCGGCGCCGCCGUCAGCCGCGUCCGGUGGGCGCGGCCGACGGCACGCGCCGCCGCCGGCGCCGCGUCAUCUGACGCCUCUGCCGCCGCCGCCGCCGCUUCCCCUGCUUCCGCCCUGCUAGGCGGUCUGGGCCUUGGCGGCCCCCGCCUGAGCGGGGAGCUGGUCCACAAGGACGAUCUGCUCUCGCCCACCACCUCGGGCUCAGCAGGCGCCGCCGCCGCCGCGGCCGCCGCCGCGGCCGCGGGCAAGGCGCACGCAGCUGCAGCUGCAGCUGCAGUGACGGAAGAGGAUGACGACUGGGAGCGGGGCUCCAGUGGCGGCGGCGGUGCCGGUGCUGGUGCCGGCGCGCGCAACGGUGCCGGCGCCUCCGGCGCCGCCGGCAGCAGCCUUGCCGGACUGGAGUCGCCGAUUAAGAUCAAGCUUCCCACACUACUCGGCGACGACGAAGAGGACGAGGAGGAGGAGGAGGAGGCGGCGGGCGGGGCGCGGGCGCGGGCGCGGCGGGCGGGGGCGGGGGUGGAGGAGGAGGACGACGGCACGCAGCUGCUCACCUGCGAGCUCAGCUGGGCGCCGCAGUUCGAGGCGGGCGGCGCGCCUCGCCACCGCAGCUACCACGUCUGGGUGCACUUCAACAGGCAGGAGGCGCCGGCCGGCGGCGCCGCCGCCAGCGGCGGGCGCGGCGUGGUGCCGCUGCCUGGCAUUGCCUCGCCCACCGGCCCUUCCGCCUUGGGGGCGUUGGGGGUUGCGGCUGCGGCUGGGGCAGCGGGAGCGGACGCGGCAGGCGGGCGCAAGGGGGCCGGGAGCGGGAGCGGCAAGGCAGCCAGCAAGCAGCAGAAGCUGGCGGCGGCGUCGGAGGCUGCGGCAGCGGCGGCAGUGGACAAGGACAGCACGUGGGAGGUGCUUCACCCCGACUGGAGCGGCGCGGUGUGGGUGGGUGAGGCGCACGUGGCGCGCUUCCGGCUGGUGCAGCUGGAGGUGCCGGGCUGGGCGCGCUCCGUCAGCCUGCUGGCGCAGCCGGCGGCGGCGGACAGCGGCGCGCUGGGGGCGCUGCAGCCGCUGGCGUGCGUGCCCGUGCCGGUGCCGGCGCGAAGGGAUCGGGGGUAGGGAUCGGGGGGGGUAGGGAUUGGGGGUAGGGAUCGGGGGUAGGGAUUGGGGGUAGGAAUCGGGGGCAGGGAUUGGGGGUAGGGAUCGGCCGGGGUGGGGCGCGGGGUUCGUUUGGGGUGUGGAAGAUGUGGGGGCGCAGGUGGUGGUGGUGCUGCGAUGCGCUGGGAGAGAGACCUGUGCCGGGAACUGGCCACGGUCUGGAGUGGUCUGGAGUAAGCGAUCAGGCGCGGGAUGUGUUUGAACGCACACACACGGAGGCUUUGCAUGCGGAGGCGCCGGCAGUGUAGCUGGCGUGCCGGUAUGUAUGGGGCUUCGGCAGCUCACGUGACUGCGUAUGUACCGUAUUGCAAAUUCUAACCAUGUAAUAUUAUGACGCAUUAACGUGAGCGGGGUUGCGUAUGGUGGAGGAUGUGUUCGCGGUGGACGGACUACAGAAAGCGCAUGAGAAGCGGCGUCAUUAAUGGCUGCAUGGGCAUGCGAAGACCUGGGCCGCGGAUCUCUGCGUAGUAACGUCAAAGCAUACUUGGUGUUGAUACUGUGCUGGUGUGGAAUGCACUGUAUAAUGCUAACGCGAAAGGUCGGUUGCCAUCUUGCCGCAUGGUGCCGGAGCACAUGUGAGUAUUUGAGAACGGAGUUUGUGUUGCAGCACCAAGAAGGCUUUAGGCAGUCACCAACCGCAUGGGAGUAAGUGAUGCGCAGGAGUUGUAAUUCAUGGCCUGUUAACGCCAAGAGAGUGAGGCGAGAGGUCGUGUAAUCCGCGCGGGAA